GAGAGAGAAAGUUUUUGUCUUUUUUAUUUUGGAGUUUGUCACCCACCCGCGUUAUUUUGAGAGCGCUUCUCUGCGUCUCUCUUCUUUCUCUCUCUCUCGCAAAUCAAAAACCUCAAACUUUGAAAAACAUCAAUCUCCAGAAACAUUUUUUGUUUGUGUUCCUUCUCCUUCAUUGUUAAUCUCAUUGGCAAUUUUCCCCCGGGGGCAUUUCAUCUGAUGCAAUCUUAAAUGUCCCAAUACGUUUGAAUAAGAACAAAUCUCUGGUCUCUGUUUGAUUUGGUAUGAUCUUGUAGCAAUAUACCCUGAAGAUGUUUUUUGUGGGUAUGAAUCUCCAUAACCUGUUCGCUAUAUUUCCUCAAAGAGCGUAAGAGAAUACGAAAUUCUGGAUUUUUCUCUCAAAAUUUCUGUUUUGAGAUUGGGGAGUUGAAGAAUAGGACUUGUUGGUUCCUCAGAAUCUGUGAUACAAGAGAUUGUGCACAAGAAAGAAUAAGGCUUUUUGGUUCUUGAGAACAUGAGAAUGGAGUUUCCUGGCAGCUCCAAUCAGCAUUUAGGUAGGGAUAGGUUCAAUGGGGAAGUCGGUAAUAACACGCGUGAUGAUAAUAUCUGUUCUCAGACAGGAGAGGAAUUUUCAAAUGAGUUUUUGAGGGAUUUUGGUGCUCAACGAAGAGUACAGGGUGGUGUGAGUAGAAAUAUUGAGGGUAACUAUAAUAAUCGCCAUCUUGUUUAUGAGGAUUUCAACAGAAUUCUUGGGCUUCAAAGAGUUGAUUCCAACAUGUCAGAAGGUAUUAAUUCCUCGAGUGGAUACUUUGCUGAGUCAAAUGUUGCAGACUCACCUCGGAAGAUGUUUCAAACUGCAACAUCAGAUGUUUAUUUGCCAGAAGUAUUGAAGCUUCUUUGUAGUUUCGGGGGAAGGAUCUUACAGAGACCUGGUGAUGGCAAGCUUAGAUACAUUGGAGGGGAGACUCGGAUUAUCUCAAUACGGAAACAUGUUGGAUUAAACGAAUUGAUGCACAAGACUUAUGCUUUGUGCAACCAUCCGCAUACAAUCAAGUAUCAAUUACCAGGAGAAGAUCUUGAUGCACUUAUAUCGGUUUGCUCAGAUGAGGAUCUUCUUCAUAUGAUUGAAGAGUAUCAAGAAGCUGAAACAAAGGCUGGAUCCCAGAGGAUUAGGGUCUUUCUUGUAUCUUCAACAGAAUCAUCAGAGAGUCCAAAGAUUUUCAAUGAAAGGAAUAUGAACAUAAACCGAAACACGAACCAGCAGACUGAUAUAGAUCAUUAUCAGUAUGUUUCAGCUCUUAAUAAUGUUGUGGAUGUGAGUCCUCAAAAGAGUUCCAGCGGGCAAAGUGGGACAAGUCAGACAACACAAUUUGGGAAUGCUUCAGAAUUUAGCCCUACAUUUCAUCUUCGAGACUCGCCUACUUCUGUUCAUACAUGGGAACACAAAGACUGCAACAGUCCAACCUUCAUGAAACCAUAUGCGAACACGAAUGCUGUUCAUUUUAUGCCGAAAAUGCAGAUUCCGAGGAACUCGUUUGGUCAACAAUCUCCUCCAGCAUCUCCUUUUUCAGCUCACAAGAGAGCAAAUACCGACGUUCCUUAUUUUGCUGAUCAAAAUGGUUUCUUUGACCCUUACUUGGCUGCUCCAAACUUCCCUCAGCAACAUAGGUUCUUUUUUGAUACUACUACACAAAAGCAGAAGCAUCCAGAAGUGAAUCUUCAUGACCGGAGGCCAAGCGACGAUAUUUACCCCCAUGGCCAAGCUUAUAUGGGAGCCGAGAAAUUGACGCUUAAGAAAAACGCUCUUUCUGAUCCCCAGCUGCAUGAUGAGAGCCAAAUCAACAAUGGGUUAGAAGCAUUUACCAAACAACCAUGGAAAAUAUUGAGAAAGAAUCUACAUGUUGUGGCUACGUCAAAGUGGGAAGAUAGUGAUGAUAUCUAUUUCAAUAAUCCAGAAGGCAAGAGAAGCAAGGAGCUUGUACUCACCAAAGAAGUUCCUAAUAAUUGGAUCGAUGGCGAUCAUAAUCCCGGUUCUUUUGACCAGGCAACAAAGAAACAAGGUGGUAGUAACAGUAAUAGCUCCUUCAGUCCGAAUUAUUUCAGUCCGAAUCAUCAACCAGCUGCUCAGGUUACUUCAAGUGAUUCACAAGAUUCAGGAAGCUCAGUGUUCUCUUUAUCAGUUAACACUAACGAAAAUUAUCUUGAUUGUUCGAAGGACAAAUUCAAUGGUUUCCAGCAUGACAUGUCACUAGAUAUUCUCAUCAGAAGCCACACUUCAGCUACAGAUCAACUAUGUUGUACAACCAAGUCAAGUGAUAAAGCAGAUUACUCCUCACCCAAUACAAAUUUCCCCGUGGAAUUUCUGAGACAGGAGCCUAUGAUUCCGAGACAUGAUUUGGAGACAAAUAGCGAUGAUUCAGAUACUCAAAACUCUCUUCCUAGAGAAGAGAGUAUUCACUAUAGUGGAUUGCCACUUAGGAAGGUGGGAAGUAGAGAAACUACUUUUAUGCACACGCAGGAAUCAGAUGAUUUCUUCAAAAGCAAGCUGCUUGGUCCACAGUUGAUAGUUGAGGAUGUGACGAACGAAGUAAUUUCAGAUAACCUCUUAUCAGCUACUAUUGUCCCUCAUGUACAUAGUGAGUCAGAUGAUGAUCACAAAUCCUACACAAGGGAGAAAGAGAUUACAAAUGCGGAUCAUGAAUCAGAAAUGGAGGAAAAGUACAAGAAAAGCAGAAACACCGAUGAUUCAUUCAGCGAAGCUGCAAUGGUUGAAAUUGAAGCUGGAAUAUAUGGCUUACAGAUAAUUAAAAACACUGAUCUUGAAGACUUACACGAGCUUGGUUCUGGUACAUUUGGAACUGUUUACUAUGGGAAGUGGAGAGGAACUGAUGUUGCUAUCAAGAGGAUAAAGAAUAGUUGUUUCUCUGGUGGAUCAUCCGAGCAAGCACGGCAGACUAAAGAUUUCUGGAGAGAAGCUCGGAUAUUGGCGAAUCUUCACCAUCCCAACGUAGUGGCCUUUUAUGGAGUUGUACCAGAUGGACCUGGUGGAACAAUGGCAACAGUGACUGAGUAUAUGGUGAACGGAUCUUUGAGACAUGUCUUGCAGAGAAAAGACAGAUUACUUGAUAGGCGCAAAAAACUGAUGAUAACUCUUGAUUCUGCAUUUGGCAUGGAGUAUCUACAUAUGAAAAAUAUUGUUCAUUUUGAUCUUAAAUGCGAUAACUUGCUAGUAAACUUGAGGGAUCCACAACGACCCAUUUGCAAGGUUGGAGAUUUCGGAUUGUCGAGAAUAAAACGAAACACGCUUGUCUCUGGUGGAGUAAGAGGAACCCUUCCUUGGAUGGCUCCAGAGCUUCUAAACGGAAGCAGCAAUCGGGUCUCAGAGAAAGUCGAUGUUUUCUCAUUUGGUAUUGUGAUGUGGGAGAUCUUGACAGGCGAAGAACCCUAUGCGAAUCUGCAUUGCGGUGCCAUCAUUGGUGGAAUUGUGAACAAUACGUUAAGGCCUGCGGUGCCUGAACGGUGUGAAGCAGAGUGGAGGAAGCUGAUGGAACAAUGCUGGUCAUUCGAUCCAGGAGUACGGCCAUCGUUUACGGAGAUUGUUGAACGACUUCGAUCAAUGACUGUUGCCUUGCAACCCAAGCGAAGAACCUAAAAGCCCUCUCCAUUCAAACGUAAGAGCGUUUUUUUGGGUUGGUUUUAAAAUUUAUUGGUUGAAAGAAAGUUAUACGAAGAUGGGUAUAGAUUUAUGAGAUUGUGUGGAGUCUGUAAAUUAGUAUUGAGAGGCAUUUACCGGUUUAGGUAAAAGUUGUAUACCAAAAAAGUUGAAGGUCCAUUGUGUAAAAUACACAAUUUUUUAUGUAAAGCAUUAUGGUGGAGUUAUAAGCCCAGCCCAUUAAACGCAACGUUAUCAU